AUGGAGUCGCUCUACCGCACCAACGCAAGGAUGGACCGGGACCAGUUCGAGAGGGCGGAGCAGGAGUUCCGUCGCGUUGGCGGGGAGGGCAACUUGCCGCUGAGCGACUUGGCAGCUCAGGCUGGCGCCCGCGCGGCGGUGGCCGCUGAGAGGGCCACCCGCCGCCGCGCCCAGCGCGACGACGGCGGCCCCGCCGACGCCAAGCGGCCGCGGCAGGCGCGCGGGGACCCCUCCGGUGUCUCGCAGGACAGCGGCGCCCGCGGCAGCGCCAGCAUCGAUGCUUCUGAUCGCUCGGCGCGCGGACAGUCAGAUCACGCUGCUACGUCAGAAAGGGCACAUGGCGAAAGGACGCGGUCUGGAUGA